UCCGUUUUACUCCAUUACAAAAUCAAAAUGUCUAAUUCAAUUUCCAUUUCACUUCUCCAAAAGAUAUCGAAUCAGCUUUCUAGUUUCAAUUCUCCAGCUCUAUUCCAGUCUUUCCCAAACCAGUGCAUUAUUCCUAAAAUCUUAUGAAAUCGGCAACCGGCAACCACCAAGCGAGUGGCGACCAACUGAGAGGAACAAACAAGACUGUGCGACGAUAAUCAAGAUGACGGACGAUCGACGGAUGAUGAGGAGAGACGAAAUCCGACCGACGGAGACCAAGCAACGAACUGAGAGGACGACCGACCAACCGAUGACGACGAGAGACAAUAUCCGACCGACAAUCGAACAGAAAUUGUUGGAAAGUUGGCAAACAUCACUGUGGAUAAAAUUGAUAGGCAAGGGUUAUUUCAACGGAAGGGAUGUGUCAUAUGGAUUAUUGGUCUUAGUGGUUCAGGAAGAGGAAUUAAGAGGUGGUGUCGUUUUCAUUUUUGCAAACAAGCAGUGAUGAAUGUCAACAUUCAAAAGGUGCAGCAAAGCUGGGAGAUUCAGUCAUGGUCCUGUUAUGUGUACAAAAUUGAAUCGGGUUUUGGAAUUAAUUUAAAUGUGAAGAUAUAAGGCAUGUGAUGAUAUUCUAAUAGCAUAUGCCUCAUUUGUGAUAGUGGGGAAUAUAAUUUUGAUGAUCUUGAUCUCAUUAAUCUAUUAAAUGUAGGCUCUGGUUUCAUCAUGGAAGAAGGGUGACACAAUGUCGUUCAUAUUUGAUAGAGUAAUGCUUUGGUCAUUUAUUCAUUUGCUCUAUGUAAUUAUUUUUGUAUUGUGCAUAAUACAAGUCAAACUUGAAAUACUUGAUAUUGAUUGGGCAUAAUACAUGCAUUUA